UUCUCUUCCACCACAGUCCGUGACCCGCAAUAAAAAGAGGUUAUGUUUUGGUAGCAACAUUUUUUUUCCGAUUUUUUAUUAAUUAUUUAAAAGACGCAUUUUGGAAUGGCGUUUGUGCGCUACGGCAGAACUCUCCUUUGUGCACGUCAACUAUAUAAUCCAAUACGCCAGCAGCAUGGGUUCGUUGUUUUACUUCCAGAAAUUGGAGAGGAGAACCCGGAAAAGAACCCGCUCUACCAAAGUGAUGGCUUGCCAAAAUUCAACCAAAUCACUAUUGAAAACUGCAGAGCAGCCAUGGCCAAACAGGCUUUGGAUUUCGAGGUGGGUGUGCAAGACAUUGAAAAACAAAUUGAUGACGGAAUUUGUGAGGAUGCAAUCACAUCGAUAAUCGAGCCCCUUGAAACGUUGGGGCACCCCUUGGAGACAACUUGGGGCUUGUCAAAGACUUUAUAUCUGGGCAACAAUACUUUGAUGCCCACAUCAACCUAUACGGCGAUACAUGAACGUGCUCGUCGCGCAAGAGCUGCUAAAUAUACUAGUAAAAAAAUCCAUUCUGCUAUUAAACAAGAUAUCUCGACUGAAAAGCAAAGAUCUGCUGAACAACAGAGGGUCCUACAGAAAUUUGCACUUGAAGGUAAAUUAAAUGGUCUGGAACUUAGCGAGGAGGAUCAUCAAAAGUUUAACUAUGAUUAUAACAAAUUGAUUCAAGAGAAGAAACCGUAUAAAGUUAAGAUUGAGUUUGGUCUGAGGCAACAUUCACAGUUGAUUACUGAUAGGACAAUUGUUAGGGACUUCCCUGAAGACCUUUUAAAGGCCACCGCAGUAGAUCCAAAUUUCCACAUGAACGGCCCAUGGAAAUUCACCUUGGCCCCUCACGUAUUUACACCUUUAAUGGAACAUUGUCCCAGCAGAGAAAUCCGAUGGGCAUUGUGGAGGGCAGACGUCAUUAGGGGCUCCACAGCGGGCGAUAGAGAAUAUUCCACAAGUUUACACGUGGAGGAGAUGCGUUUUCUUAAAAAUAAAUUGGCUAAACUUUUAGGUUAUAAAACGUAUGUGGAUAUGUCAAUGGAAACGAAAAUGGCGGGCAGCAAAGCUGAAGUUGACAGAGUGCUACAUUUGUUGUUGGAGAGGGCGAAACCGGCACAAGAUGAGGAACUGCAGAACUUACUGGAGUUUGUGAAUGAGAGAGGGUUCAAGACUGAUACGUUAGAAUUAUGGGAUAUACCUUAUUGGAGAAGGAAACGUAGACGAGCCCUAUAUAACUACGAUGAGGCCCAACUAAAAAACUAUUUUCCAUUGAAUACAGUUCUUAGUGGCAUGUUUCAAUUAUGCGAAAAACUAUUUAAUAUCGUCAUUAAAACACGAACUGGAGUAACUGCUUGGCAUAAAGACGUCAGAUUCUAUGACAUAUUUGAGGCGCACAGUUCAGCCCCAGUGGCAGGAUUUUACUUAGACCCAUAUGCCAGAUCGGAAGACAAAUUAAGAAUAUCGAACUCGGGCUGGAUGGUCGCCAUGCAAAAUAAAAGUCAGUUAACUGAAGCGAAACCACUGGCUGCUUUGAUCUUUAAUUUUGAGUCGCCGCAGGGUGAAAUGGAGUCACAUUUGACUUUUCCUGAGGUUAAAGUCUUGUUCCAAAAGUUCGGACAUGCUCUACAGCAUCUGUUGACCAGAACUUUUUACUCUGAAGUGGCUGGUUUGUCCAAUGUUGAAUGGGAUGCGGUGGGAAUCAGUGGAAAUAUGUUGUCCCACUGGCUAUUUAAUGAAGAAGUAAUGAAUAGCAUCUCUUGCUACUGCGGCACAGGCGACAAACUCCCCAAACCCGUCUUUGACAACCUUUGCCUCGCCCAAACCCACAUGGCCGGUCUCGACUUGUCCACCGAACUCUACCUAUCCGCCCUCGACCUCGAACUACAUUCCUCCAAAGAGUUCUGGCUGGAUAUCGUGAAAAAACUCUGGCCUCAAUACAGAAGUUUUAAAUACGACCAAAAAGUGGACGCGCAUCCCUGUCACUUUUCUCAAAUCAUAUCAGACGAGUGGGGCGCGGCUUAUUAUUCGCACAUUUGGUCGAGAAUGAUCGCCGCUGACGUCUACAGUGCGUUUUACGAAGUGAAAGAUGACCCGCAGCAAAUUAAGGACGUCGGAAAGCGGUAUCGUGAUACCUUUUUGGCUUUGGGUGGUAGUCAGCACUCUGGUAAGAUAUUUAGGGAGUUUAGGGGUAGGGAUCCGUCACACAAGGCCCUCCUUAAAACUCUAGGGUUGAAAAAGUCUAAAGAAAGUCAGUGAGUUUAAUAGUUUAUUAUUUUUAUAUCCGAUUUUUAGUGAUAUGUGUCGGUUCAGAGAUGGCCUUUGUUAUUUGUUGUGAUAUUGUAUCAAAUAGGCCAUAAGAUGGUUAAGCUAUAGAUUGUUUAUACGUUAAGGAAGUUGUAAAUAGUUAUGAUAAUAAACUGAAGUAAUUA